CCCGGAAUGUAAACACGGAACUGUUGACCUUUGAGGAGACGCGGCCGAUUCGCCUCCCGUGGCACCUGCCUGGCACCCGUGUGGCACCUGCCCUGGACCCCCGUGGCAUCUGUCUUGGACCCCAGUGGCACCUGCCUUGCACCCCCGUGGCACCUGUCUUGGACAUCUGUGCCACUUGCCUGGCACCUGUCUUGGACCCCUGUGGCACCUGCCCUGCACCCCUGUGGCACCUGCCUUGCACCCCUGUGGCACCUGCCCCCGGGCCUCCCUCGGACGACACCUUCAGCCGCACAUACCCUGUGAAGACCCAUGCCAGUGGACGAGGCUUGCAAGGUGUAUCAGGCUUUUGGUCACAUUUGGAUUGUUGGCAACCCAAGAAGUAAACGGCGAUGUCCGGGUCUGAAGCAGCAGCAAUCCAAGUACUGACUCGUGCAGUUCAGCUUGACAGUGAGAAGAAAUUUGCAGAGGCUUUAGCUUGUUACGAACAAGGCAUCAGACUACUCCUGCAAGCAGCUAAAGAAGUCAAAGAUGAAACAAAACGUAGUCACUUCAGGAAAAAGACAGAAGAGUACCUGGCACGAGCAGAAGUUAUGAAAGAGGCGGUAAAUAAGCAGAAAGAAAUUGGACGCACCCACAGACAAAUUCAAAUUGAAAAUGGCGACACAGGCUACAGUUAUGAGACCAUUUUUAGUCCUCUAAUAGACAAAACUUUAUCAAAUGUAGUCGUGGUGGACGCAUACAUACGGUCAACUCACCAGAUCUACAACUUCCUGCACUUUUGUGAGUUGUUUGUCCGUAAAGCUGAAUGCCUGAAGUCAAUCACUUUGCAGACAACUCAAGACCCAACUGAUCCCAGGGUACAGAACGAACGAUUAGAUGAGAUUACAAGGUCUCUACAGAAGCAUAAUGUAAACUUGAUCAUUAAUUUUUCCGAAACUCUUCAUGAUAGAGAAAUAAGAUUUGACAGUGGUUGGAUCAUCAAGAUCGGACGAGGGCUAGACUAUUUCAAGAAAGCAGAUGGUCGCUUCUCCAUAGGCUGGUCAGAUUACCACUUUCGAGAGUGUCAUCAAACUACCAUAGAUAUCUUCCACCAGCAGACCGUGAAAUGAUAGUUUUGUAUAUGAUGCAAUAAGUGCCUUUAAUUCCCAUUGAUUCUACUUCAGGAAUGUUAUAUUCCUCAUAGUACAAUGCACGGGUAUGUUAGUCUCGGUCACAAAUUGCUGUGUUUUCUUUUUAUACUGAAGAAGUGGUUUCCAAAAAUGUGUUGCCUGAAGUAAGACUGAAUGGGGGGAAAAUUAAGUUUUGGUGUGGAGAAAAUUGGGGAGAAAUCACCAUAUUGAUAAUAUAUAAUGUGAAAAAAAUACUUAAAAUGCUUGACCAUUAGGUUAUUAGAUGGAUAUCGACAUAUAUUUUGAUAUAAAAUUGGUGCUAUGCUUCAUGAUACACAUUUGAAUUUUUAAUUAAUUAUACAUAACAUGCAACAUAUGGUGAUCCUGUAAUAUUAUAUCCCCUUAAUUGUUUUUUUUAAAUGGGAGACAUUUUUAGAGCUUUGAUAACAAUCUUACGUGAUUUGUUCCUUAAUCCUAUAGGUUACAAAAUGUUCUGUGAUUUAAAGACUUAAUACAUUGUUAUACAUUUUAAUAAUAAUGGUUUUAUAAUGC